GGAGGAGGAGGGUCGCCGGAAGUGGCCUGCGCUCGUGAGUCCUUGGCGGAAGAGCGGUGCGGCCACGUGGGGAGGAAGAGCGGAGCGUGGUGCGCUUAGAAGAUAGUCAUGUCGUAUCGAGGAAGAGGCGGUGGUGGAAGCUUCAAUCGUGGUGGUGGCAGCUUCAAUCGUGGUGGUGGCAGUGGCGGCUUCAGUCGAGGUGGUGGUGGCUUCAAUAGAGGUGGACGGGGUGGUGGAAGAGGCGGAUUUGGCCGUGGAGGUGGCGGACGAGGAGGCUUCAACAGAUCAUAUGACCAAGGACCUCCAGAAAGUGUAGUCAUCCUGGGAGAGUUUAUGCACCCCUGUGAAGAUGACAUUGUUUGCAAAUGUGUGACUCAGGAGAGCAAAGUACCUUAUUUCAAUGCACCCGUCUAUUUAGAAAAUAAGGAACAGAUUGGGAAAGUGGAUGAAAUCUUUGGGCAGCUCAGAGACUUUUAUUUUUCAGUCAAAUUGUCAGAAAACAUGAAAGCUGCUUCCUUCAAAAAGUUGCAAAAGUUUUAUAUCGAUCCAGCAAAAUUGCUCCCUCUGCAGAGAUUUUUGCCAAGGCCUCCAGGUGAAAAAGGACCUCCGAGAGGUGGAAGAGGAGGCCGUGGUGGAAGAGGAGGUGGCAGAGGGGGAGGUGGCAGAGGGGGAGGUAGGUAUUGUUGUCUGGAUGCAUGCAGUAAAGUGGUAGAGAUCCCCCCCCCAUCCCGGGCAGAAAGUUUGAAAAUCCAGGUCUGGAAGCGAUAUGUUCCUGACAACAUUCGUGUAUAUUUUAUGCGUGGUUUCGGAAAUUGUGCUACCUAA